UUAACAAAGUGUUUGCCCUUGCAUGAGAUUUGAUUCCAAAUUCAAGAUUCUACUUGCAUGCAAGUAAUGCAAUAAUCUUGCUCAACAGCUACCAGGAAACUUAAGUCAUUUUGCAAUCCAUCUUCUCUAGGACAGAUUUUGCUGGCUGUUUUUCAUGGAGAAAGUCCAAGGAGAAAUGGAGAUUGAGAGAUGGGAAAGAAGCGAAGACAUGUCAGAUGCCGAAAGGAAGGUGAUUCAAGAGACAUGGAACAGAGUCUAUGCGAAGUGCGAAGAUGUUGGGGUCUCCAUACUGAUCAGGUUUUUCGUCAACUUCCCAUCUGCCAAGCAGUAUUUCAGCCAAUUCAAGCACAUGGAAGAUCCACUCGAGAUGGAAAGGAGUCUGCAGCUGCGUAAACAUGCCAGGAGAGUCAUGGGGGCUAUUAAUACUGUGGUGGAGAACAUCUAUGACUCCGAAAAGGUUUCCUCUGUGCUAGCUCUGGUGGGCAAAGCUCAUGCUGUCAAGCACAAAGUCGACCCAGUCUACUUUAAGAUUCUGACUGGCAUCCUGCUGGAAGUGCUUGCAGAAGAAUAUGCCAAUGAGUUCACUGCUCCAGAGGUUCAGAGAGCCUGGGCCAAGAUGAGGAGCCUCAUCUACACUCAUGUGACAGCUGCAUACAAGGAGGAGCCCCCAGGUGACAGCAGUGGCAGCAGCAGCUGGAGCAGCAGCAAAGUGGCAGAACCCCUUCCACAGACCUGAAUGCCGUCUCUCAGAGGAAUAAACUGGCACCGGAACAGGAUAGCACCCAAGAGAACUACAUCUGUCUCCUUUAAUUAUCCCGUGUACAUAUUAGUCAGUGGAAAUGCUUUAUAAUUUCUAUAGCUCAAUCCAGCUAAGCUAUAGAACACCAGGUGUGCAUAAACACUCUCCCUGAAGUUAGCCAGGCAAAUUUAAAUCAUGUACACUGUGACGGGGGGGAGGGAAUGUAUUGAAUUUCCCCAGAGGGAAAAAAAAUAUAUAGAUCAUGACUGUUAUGAUUCAUCCACAUUGAUAACUCUGGAGACUUACCAUUUUUGUCUGUCUUGAAGAGGACUUUUCAUCAAAUGGCACCGAACUGAUAUGUUUCCAUCUUUGGUACUAAGGUGAGAAUGUACAAGUUCUCGUAUUUCAUUUCUGCAAGUACUUCAGUGCCCGUGUAUCACUGAUGAGUAGCUCCGUGUCCUUGGUUUUUUUCUAAAACACUAGUGAUGUGUGCAUAAGUGCUUGCAGGAUCUCAUAUCCGCAUGAUACAUUCAGACCAUGUCCUUAAAAGGGCAUUUGAUCUCAGUACAUUUUAGUCUAGAUUUCAAAAUCUGCACCGUAGGAUGAGGUUUAGUCUUGUUUUAUCAUUUAUGCUUUUCUCUACUGCUAACUCCUCUAGACUGGAGUUUCUCUGGAAUUAUAUGAACUGUGUUUGCAAUCCUCACUGUUUUGUCCUUAGUCUUGUAUUACAUUACAAUGUUUCUUUCCCCUUUUACAAAAUCAACCCUAGGAGUCAUGAGAUUGUAGGAGACUUAGCCAAAGCUUGAAUACCUAAAACACCUGAAACCAAAAAAUGAUGUAUUAAAAGAUGAAAUCAAUACAUUAAUUUCUAGCUACUUCAUGAUGCCUAAGAUAUUCUGUGUAUGGGUUGAGUUGAAUAAUUUCACCCGGUCCUAUAUAUGUUGGCCCCCGACGUCUUGCAGGGCUUCUACGCAAUGCAGUAGGCAUGGAAUCACAUUCUUUGUUAGGCCUGUGAGCAAUUGUAACAGAAGAAAUUCCAUGUAAGUGAAUGAAAUUUAUGCAGGUCUGACUGCACAUAGAAUUACUGCUUCAGAGUUGGCAAUACUGUGUGCCCAGAUAGGUUUGGGGUAACAAUCAUCUUUUAAUUUCUUUCCUUCCAAGUCCUAUCAUUAAGAUUUGGAAGGAUUUCUGCAAGGACUUUUUGUUCAUACUGCCACCAAUGAAUUCCAGCAAGUAGCACUGCCACCUAAGCAGGAGGGAAAAAAUCUGACUUGGCUGUUUAUUUAAUGAAGAACUGAGUUAGAAAAAUCAGAAUGCAAAUCCUUCAUGGCAUGGAAAUAAGGAACCAGCUAAUCUGUCAUUAAAGGUGCAAGAAUCUGGGCUGGAUACAAAAUAUGACAGUUCUAAUGUGGAUAAACAUACAUCUUUUCGGCUAAAAAAGCACACCAUGAACCCCACUACUACUACUCCAACUUCCAGCACCACCAUUCCUCAAACACUAUGACCUUGAUGGUUAAGUUCUAACACACAUCCACAAUAAAACCAUGGUCUUAUGUCACAAGCUACUGUAAAUAUACUUUGAAGUUCAUUUUCAAAGCAGGAUGGCAUUUUCGGAAGGAAAGUAUGUAAACAUUAAUUAAUUAAUCUUUGAAGCAAUACUUUAGCACUUAAAAAUUUUGCAGCCCCAUUACUUCAAUCCAUAGCAAUUUGUCUUGGUCACUCUCUCUUUAAUGAUGGUGGGAAAAGUUUGACUGUUACGUUUGCACGCACAGAAAGCAACUCUGUGUGUGUGUGUACACACACAUACAUACAUAUAUACUUUUGACUAAAGUAAUUUUAUUAUAAAUGAGAAAGGAACAGCCAAGCAAGAACGCAAAACAGAAACAAAAACCCGACAUAAUCUUGCCUGUUGCAAGCUGGUGGUGGAAAUGUCAAACCAGCUGAAAAAUGUUGAGCUUGUACAAGCCAAAGGCAAAGUAGGAGUAGAAGAGCCUUUGUCAACCAGGGCCCUGCUGAUGUGCUGGAUUACAAUUCCCAUUGGCUGGGCUGGCAGGGGUGAUCAGAUGGAUUGUUUAGCAGAACCGGAAGGUACCUGGCUGCAGCAGGACUUAGCUCUUCACUGACUCUCAUUCAUUCCAUUCCCAAUUCUUUCAAAUUUGUUUUGAAUUGUAGGGUCCUUGGGAGCAAAAAGCUGUUUAUCAUGGGGAUUAUCUGUUAAACAGCCAUGCACAAGAAUAUGGCACUGUAUAAAAUAAUAAAUAUUAAUACAUAUAAUUUAAUAGUGUAUUUUAUAAAAUGGGCUUCUGGUGCUAUGAAAAGUGAUUUGUGAAUGUUUUCCUCCUUAUCGUACUAAAUCCUCUUGUUUAUUACCCAACGUACUGGCUGAACCCUGUUGUAAUUUUCCUCUGUAUUAUUUGUAUGACUUAUGUAUGCUGCCAAUAUAUUGUCUUGUGAUUUUGUUUAA